CACCUGAGUCCACUGCCCUAUCAUUACCACAACUGGAGGCCUGCCUGUGUUAUUUCCGGAGCAUCAUACGAGACGGGCCAGAAGAUUACGAGCGUCUUUCGCUGAAUAAUCCGUUUAUUAUGAAGUUGGGCUGUGACAAUUUUAAAGGGCAUGUUCGACAGAUAAACUGUCUCUCAUCUCGCCGGAAGAAAGCCGACAGCAGCCGAACGCUCACGAGUUUACGGAUUUGUCAGACAGAAGUCCCGAGACGCAACAUGUUUGAAACCGGCAGAAUCCCACUCGUCCUUCUCGACGUUACCUGCCUUAUUCUCGUUGGGCUUCCCUUUGCGAUCCUCACCCCUCAGCACAAUCCCUUCAAAAGGGGUUUCUUCUGUAAUGAUGAGUCCAUCAGAUACCCCCUGAAAGAGGACACCAUAUCCUAUCAGUUACUGGGGGGAGUCAUGAUCCCUUUCACACUGAUUGUGGUAGUCAGUGGUGAGUGCCUUGGCGUCUAUAUGACUCGUGUCAAAACCAAAUCGUCCUUGGGGACUAACUAUGUGGCGCGCAUUUAUAAAGCAGUGGCCAGCUUCCUAUUCGGGGCUGCUGCUAGCCAAUCACUGACGGAUAUUGCCAAGUACUCGAUUGGUCGACUGCGGCCGCACUUCCUGGCUGUGUGUAAGCCUGUGUGGGACCAUAUCAACUGCAGGGCCGGAGGCUACAUGGAGAACUUCACCUGUACCGGGGACAAGGAUAUGGUAGAUGAGGCCAGACUUUCCUUCUUUUCUGGUCACUCAUCUUUUUCUAUGUACUGUAUGCUGUUCCUUGCACUGUAUGUCCAGGCCAGACUGCAGACAGAGUGGGCCAGGCUCCUCAGACCCACCAUACAGUUCUUCCUGAUUGCAAUGUCCGUCUACGUGGGACUGACGCGCAUCUCUGACUACAAACACCACUGGAGUGACGUACUUACUGGCCUCCUGCAGGGGGCGAUAGCCGCAAUACUCACGGUGUUCUAUGCGUCCGACUUCUUCAAGAGGCCUGUUGAUCCAGUAGAGAUACAAGAGGAGACAUCCGAAACCAGUCUCCAGGACAACCCAGAUAAUGAGAACCACUAUGGAAGCACAAACUGAAGCUUUGGCCACAACAUGACUUACUGUAGCAGACAACGCAUGGAGGACUAGUAGCAUGCUAAGCUAGCUACCACUACCUGCCAUCCGCUACGGAGGACUAUGGUUAUUUAUUUCAAUGCAUUGCAGUUCAUUGGCAUUGGCUGUUGUGGUGGUCACUUUGCCAGAGCCCUGAAGACAGCUGCUAGCCCUCUCAGUGCCAAUGAUCUUGCCUAGGCUGUCUCCUUAAGGUUGGGUGUGUAGAGCUAAUGAUCUGUGGAUUGGGUUUCUGGUCUUUGCAUUAGGCUGCGAGGUCUGAGUUUGUUGGAGCUGUAGUGUUUGCAUUGGUUUGAAGCUUUUGUUUGAAAUGAAUGGAAUCCCAGUUGUUACAGUGAGCAGAGUGUCCAUGUGUGCAGCAGUGGAGCCUGCUGAGGGGAGAAAGGCUCAUUAUAAUGGCUGGAAUGGUUUUCAUGUGUUUGAUACCAUUCCAUCUAUUACGCUCCAUUCCAGCCAUUAUAAUGAGCCAUCCUCCCCUCAGCAGGCUCCACUGGUGUGCAGCCAGGCCAAUAACAAAUCUUACAUCUGUGAACCCUUACUGUCCCAAAGGUUAAAUGAAAGCCAGGAGACUUAUUGAAAUUUGAAAUGAUGUACUAUGUACUGUAUAUAUUUUUUAAUACUGCCUUAAUCAGAUUGUUGCUUCUACUUGCUCAAAGCUCCCUGCAAACUCCUAACAAAUGUGUCCAAUAGUAGAAAUCAUGAUGGCAACUACACAAAUUCACUUUUUUUUAAUUUUUUUUACAGUUUGUUGUAUCUUUUUUGAAGUACUGUUGUAAAACCUGUAUCUGUGAUCUGAGAUAAAGAAAGAUGGCAUUCCA